AUGGGUGGUGAUGGUGGAAGUAUACCAAAACGAAGUGACAUAGUGAAAACAUCUGGAUACAGGUAUAGAAGGAAUCUCGGUGGCAUGGGAUAUUUACCUAAUACAACGGCUAGGAUAUACGAUGAAACUAUUCCAGAAUCAACUCAGCGUCAUAUAAAGUGGACUUCUUGUGCUCUUACUUUGGAGCCAUUGAAACAACCUAUAGUUGCAUGUAGGCUUGGUAACCUAUAUAACAAAGAAAGUUUGCUAAAGAGAUUAAUAAAAGGUCAAUUAUCAAGUGAAUUUUCACAUAUUAAGAGCAUCAGAGAUUUAGCUGAUAUAAAGUUUUUCUUAUCUCUAAACCUGUUGCUGAAGAAUAAAAUAAACAAACUAACAGGAUGUUUGAUCUGUCCAAUAACAUUAAGUGAUUUAGACAACUUUGUUAGAGCUAAGUUGUACUGGAAAUGUGGAUGUAUAAUAUCAGAAAAUGCUCUAAAGAUUCAAUCUGAUUCUGAAUUUGAAGCUCAAUGCAUGAACUGCAAUUCACAUUAUAUUCCGAAUACAGAUGAUAUAAUCAUGAUUCCAAAUUCAGAGGAACUUUCAGAUCUAAAAGAGAGACUUCGUGCUAUAAAUUCAAAGAAACGUAAGUUAAAUAGGAGUUCGGAAAGAGCACCAAGGAAACUGCUUAGUGAUCAUUUAUAA